AUGGUCGCCAUCUACCAAAACGCCAUUGUCACCGUUGCCGCGGAUUCCAGUCAAGAUGCCAAAAUAGCGCACCGAGUAAAAUCGGCAAAGGAUGUUGAGACAAAGAAACAAGAACUGAAUAAAGUACUCUACUACUGGUAUGUCCAUUUGGUAGGAGGAGACUACUCACAUCGUUCUUUGACGUACGGCGAAGAUAAACUCGUCGCUAUCGGUGGUGUUGCCAAAGCACGUGACGACAUCGAAUCGAUGGGCUAUAUGGUCGGUCACUGGGGAGAUGAUGAUGAUGAGCUUGUCAAAAGCCUCUGUUGGAAGCGCGGCGGGCCUGGUCAAAAGGCUGCCAAGUAUCGCGCUCCUUCUUGGUCUUGGGCCAGCCAGGAUUCCAUCGUCGACUACGGAAGCUACAGCCUUGUCAGUAGGGAUAACGAUGAGAUUGUAGCUGAACCCGUGACAUGGCAGGCUUCAGUUCCGGAUGGGACGUUUUUCGGACGGUGUACUAAUGCUUACCUCCAGAUCAAAGCAAAGUUCGUCCGCGGAACAGUCUUCCCAAACUGCGGUCACGACUUUAGCGAAUACCAUCAAGCAGGGAUUGGCGGGGGCUACACUGUUGAUCCUCCAAAAGAGAGGUGUGCAUUCCUCAUGCUCGAAGGCGAAGAGACAUCUGAUCUUGUCUGGUUGGAUGAAAGUCAAGCCACUCAAGAUCCAGUGCGAGAGGGCAUCGAUGUCAAGGUUGUGAUGCUUUCAGAGGUUCGACCUGAAGGUGAAGAGCCGUAUCCGGGAGCUUGUCUAAUCUGCACUCUAGAUGAGAGAUAUUAUUUGACUAGGAUCGGAUUUACCGAGUAUGUCCGGCCGUACAAAGAAGGGGAAGACGCCCCGCCGGUUACUGGGCUAAAACUUUGCGACAAGGAGGCGAUUGAGCUGAUCAUUAUCUAA